GUCCGUGCGCCCCUGAACGCUGGCGGACCCCGGAGCCGGACCCUGACAGACGGAUCGUGCGCUCCCGUGACUCGCCUCCUCUUCGGUUCUAAAGUUUGUGCGUAAACGCGAACUCUGCUGCGUCAGCGGAAGAAGUUUGUGGAAAGUCUUUCUGGGGUUUUGCAUCGAGAGACUCGCUGACUCAGUGGAUAAAAAACAAUUUAGCGUAAAUCGCUGCUGCAGUGCGUCCCCGCGGACUUUGGAUUACUGCUCCAAGAGUCGGACUGUUGUCGUCAGCUCAUCCAGCAGCGACAGGAGAAGAGGCAGCGAGGAGUUUGAUCCACGACAGAAGAAUAAAGUUCCAGGCCGGACACCACGAUGCUACCUUACUUCCUGCUCUUGCUCCUCUCAUGUGGGCAGGUGUUGUCCUCCGACUGCCCAGCAGACUGUUCCUGCCCUCUCCAGGACUCUAUAUUCUGCAUUCAACGACGGUCCAGCACUGUGCCCCGUGUUCCCACCCUCACCCGAGAACUCUACAUCUUCCAGAACGGCAUCAACACUCUGUCCCAAGAAUACUUCAGAGGCUUGGUGGAGCUGGAGAUGCUCGACCUGAGUCAGAAUGAGCUGGUGGAGAUUCCAGAUGGUGUGUUUGAGAUGCUGUCAAAGCUGAAGAACCUGGACCUGUCCUCGAACGACAUCACCCACAUUUCCAAAGGCAGUUUUUCUGGCUUGGUCCAGCUUGAGAGGCUGUAUCUCCAUGCAAACAUCAUUCAGAGUAUCCAUUUGGAAGCUUUUGAGGGUUUAGAUAUGCUCCUGGAACUCAAGCUCCAAGGGAACAAGCUCACAUCUCUUCCAUCCCUGCACUUCCCCAGACUUCUGCUUCUAGACCUCAGCAGCAACAACAUCCCAAGCCUGGGACCCUCAGACCUCCAGACUCCUCACCUAGAAGCUCUUAAACUGGCCUCUCUGGGGCUUACCUCUGUGGAUGAGAAUCUUAUAACUUCUCUUGGGAACCUCCAUGAGCUCGAUAUCUCCUCAAACAAGUUAACUGAGGUGCCACAGGCCAUCAAGCAAGACUCCCUCAAGGGGCUGACCAAGCUCAACCUGGCAGCCAACCCUUUUGGAGAGCUCAGGAUGGAGGACUUCCACAAACUGACUGGACUUCAAGAGCUGGAUCUAAGUGGACUUAAUCUCAAGGGUUUCCCACAGAGUUUCUUCCAGAUAUUCCCCAGGUUGAUGCGCCUUACAGCAGCUGAGAACCCAUUCAUCUGCCGGUGUCCAUUAGCCUGGUUCCCUCUGUGGCUAACUGAGGAGGGUGUGAGUCUCGGGAGGCCUGAGGAGACUAGAUGCCACUUCCCUCUAGUUAAUGCUGGAAAGAUGCUUUCAGCACUUGAGCACAAAGAUUUUGGAUGUCCACCUACCACAACAGUGCUGAUUGGCUCACCCAUUGGAAGCACCUCUGUUCCCAAGAUGCUCACCACACCACCUGAAGCCACCCAGACCCUAACAGUCAGCUAUACCAUUGAACCAGAACUUCCAGUCCUCCCUAGUUCCACCAGAGUGGAAAAUGAACCCCACAUCUGCCCACCAAACAUCUGCCUCAAUGGGGGCACCUGUAAUUUUGAUCCUUUAGGUCAACUCAGCUGUCUUUGUCCCUCAGGAACCUCUGGCCUCUAUUGUGAAAAUGUGGAUGAGGAUCCUGAGCCACCACAACCUGCAGCAACAGAUGUUUCGGUAGUUGCCACUGUGAUGCCCCCUGAACUUGAUGCCAUCAGCUCACGCCAGGUGACCUCCACAUCUAUCCUUCUUGACCUGCAUCGCUUCAUUGAGACACGGCCUCACAUUCGUGGGAUAAGGUUGACCUACCGUAACCUCUCAGGACCUGACCACCGUCCCAUUAUCCUGAGUGUACCGGCAUCCUACCCCGAGUACACUUUGCGUGGUUUGAGACCCAACUGCACCUAUUCAGUAUGUGCAAGUCCCCUGGGCGAGAAAGUCCUCUCUAGGUCAAACAGCUCCGUAGAAACAGGGUCGUGUACAGAAGCUCGGACCGAAGGGGUUCCACUGACAUCCUUAGAGCCCAGGGUGGAGACACAGAGCCAGGUAACAUAUACUCUGAUCCCUGCCCUGGCUGCCUUGGCAUUGGUACUGGGGUUGGCUGUGGUGGCUGGAACGAUCAUCUGCCUGCGGAGGAGGAGGCAGUCCAAGGCAGGAAUGGAGCUGGAGCUGGGCCCAGCUGAUCCCGACCCCAUGGAGCUUGAGGGGAUCAAGGCCUGCCUGGAGAAUGGGGGAAAUGGAACAUUACACCAGAAGCAGCCUGAGAUUGAACGUUGUCACACUCCUCAGCCACCUUCAUCCUCGCAACAAAAUGGGGGCUUGGACUAUGAGGUGCCAUUGAUGCAAGGACAUUGCCCAUCAAACAACAAUCUAGCAUCACAAAAGCCUUCCUAUUUCUAAGAUGCAAUAAAAUACAAACACUUGGAAAGAUUUAGGAGUCAGUGGGCUUACCCAUCAGGACUUUUGACAUCCUGCUUCGGCUCAUUUAGUGGUUAAAGUCUAGUUUCAUUCUAAUUUCAAAUAAUCCUCAAUUUGAAAAGCGGCACUUACUUAUUUGGUCUAAAUGAUAGAUCUAUUUCCAAGACCCUAAAUGGUACUGAAAGUUGCAGAUAGAAAGCAUAUUGGAAAUGUGCUAAACCACUGUGGGACAAUAAACAGGAUGUGUUUCAAACUCAUCCAGCUGAGUUAGAUGGUGGUGAGACCCAACCGGGUGAUUUAACUAAGUGCAAUCUACUAGACCAGUAGAGGAGAGAAAAUGGAAGUGCCUUUUUGCAUCGACACAACUUUAUUCAACAGCUUAUUUUUUUAUAUAAAAGAGACUAUGUGAAAGAGCUGUCAUCCUGUUGCUGGAUUUGGGAGAAACAGGAGGAAGGUGCGUCAGGCCUCAGGACCCGAGGAUAUGACGGUGGUUUAAAUGAGAGCAGGGACUGGCCUGGACCACAGGCCCUGGAGCAAAAAGGGGAUUUUGAACAACUCCACCUGCUCCACGGGAUCUAUGAAAAGAACUUGCACUGAAAAGACAUAUUCCCUUCCCUUUCUGGUGUCCCAGUGACGAGCCGCCAAAAGACUGAUGGUCACAUGAGGAAAUGCAAUAAGAAAAAAUAUAAAGCUGCCUAAACUCCACAUUAUGUUGUUGACAUAAUCUAAUCUGAAAGUUUCUUCAGGUGCGGAUUUGGAUUUUUUCAGUAUCAACAGACAAUUAUUUUUCUUUCUAUACAUCUCAAAAAGCUUCUGGCUCCGCAGGAGAUAACUUUGCUGUGAAAGAGAAAUGGACUGAAUGAAAAGCCAUUGUGAACCGAUAUUGUUUUGUGCCGUGACGAGAAGACUGUUUUGUGUAGCUGAUAUCAUGAUAUUCUGUAUGAUGUGUUUGAUGUCUUUUCUAUUGUUUGUGUAUUUUCUGUUAUUGUUCUUUCAGUAUUGUCAGUUGAAACGUUACGGAUUUUACAUUACAUGUCAUUUAGCUGACGCUUUUAUCCAAAGCAACUUACAUUUUUAGAACACUCAGCAUUUAUGAGGGGCCAUUUAGGGGUUCAGUAUCUUGCCAAGGACACUUAGGCAUGCAGAUGGGAUAGAGUGGGAUUCGAACCGGCAACCUUCUUAUUGCAGAUAAUCCCCUAGGCCACGCUCUCCCAAAUUUUACCCACCGUGCAAAAAAGGUAAAGUCAUAACGUUCAUGAUCAUUUCCUUUUUUUGCGUUUUUAGAUUACAUGUUUUCUUUCGAGUGAGUGUAGAAGUAAAUUACUAAUUUAAAUUUAUGAGACCUUCUCAAUCGGCUUUCAUACGACGAUGAAUUAGCCUCUGCUGGAAACGGCCAAUAUUUUGUGGCUUCCGGUGUAGACAGCUGAUAUCCGAACUGCUGUACACAGUUCACAGUGCGACUAGAUGCUUUAUCAUUGAGUCUUUGCGCCACUCAAAACACAAACAGUGAUACUUUCUUUACGUGUUUAAGGUCUGGACGAUAUGUUGACUAAUCUCGGACGGUCGGCAAUCAGAGCCUGCUCAAACGUGAUUGGUCGAAGUAGAAUAUACAGAAUCUGUUUAUAGACAUUUACGAGAACGCCAACAAAAACAACCAGCGGCAUCAACUCUAGGAAGUUUGAAUUAAAUAAUUCAAACUACAACUCUGCAACAGAGCUUUGUCAGCGACAUACCGUCAAACUAAAUCUCACCGUUAAGUGUCAGACACUCUCUUGUCUCUGCCGACGCUUCAUAAAGACACGGUUCAGCCUCAGACUUCCAACACUGGGUUCAAAGGCCUUUUGCCACAGAGCCCAAACCCAUAAAGCUGCACACAGGUGCCGAGCAAACAAAGCAAGUUCUAGGAGAUUCAAGGCAAUUUGCUGGAAGUGUCAGUAACUUUGAGACACUGGUUGUUUCCUCUCUGUGUUGCCGACUGCAUCCUUUUUGAGAUAGAGUCCAAACAGUUCCAUCCAUCCAUCCAUCCAUCCAUUAUCUAUUCCGCUCAUCCUUUUGAGGACCUUUGGGGGGUGGGGCCCAUCCCAGCUGAGUGAGUAAGAGGCGGGCACAUCCUGGACAUGUUGUCACCAAACUGACAAAUAAAGACAAACAAUCCUUCACCCUCAUGUUCACAGCUACAGUUCAGUUAGCUUUGCCAGUUUACCCAACCUGCUUGUGUUUGGACCGUGGGAGGAAGAUUUAUUGCACGCAGGUGUGAGAACAUGCUAACGCCACAGAGCUGGAGUGAGUGGACAGUGUUAACCACUGUUCCACCGUGCCGCCUUUUCACAGUGUUCCCCUGAAGCUUUGUGUUCUCAUCUGACACGCUUUCCCUCUUGCUGCUUCUCGACACUACACUUUAAACAUCCUGUGUUUUUGCCUAACACAAAUCAUUGGCGUGUGUUUUUCUUGUUUACUGCUUAACCAGACUGUGAAAUGCACCAUUCGGAGGAAUUUAUUUUCGUCCAAGUCUCGGAAAGUCACAAACAUUUAGUGCUUUUUUUUUUCUCCCUUCUCCCUAAGAACAGAUUAAAUGAAUCCCAGGCAGGUUACCAGCUACGUGCCUUAGCAGCUCUCUGAGCCUUACCGAGCUCUCGUAGAGUCAGGUUACACACUGUUGUGUAUUUCAGGAACAAAAGGGCCUUUAUUUUGCCUCACAAGACAUCGCAUUUUAUUACAUUACAAACUAAAAAUGAAGAAAGAUGAAAUGUAAUGUAACCAAUUUAGCCAGGUUUUAAAAUAAAAGAGCUUUCUUUGUACUCGGUCGUCUGAACAGCCAAAAGCUAAAAUGACUGUGUGUUUUCAGUUGGAUUGUUCAGGUGCGUGUGUGUUUGUUCGCGUGACGUAUGUGUGUUUGGGUAAGUUGUCGUCUUUAUAAUGGAGCUCAUGCACUACACUGUCCAAAAUCAACUCCCCAUCCGCCAGCUCCUCUUCUUUUCUUCACUCUGUCAAUAUCCCAGCAGACACAGACACAGACGCUCAUAUACAAUAUCUGCUUUCCCCCAAUAUAUCAAGUGGAAGACUCUGUUUGGCUUUGGACAGUGAGCGGAGGCAGGACAUGUUUGAAAUACUUUCAACGUGCUUGUUACGGUUUCUUCUCUGUUUAUUCAGGGGAAGCGUUUCUGUUUUAUCGUGUUUGUCAGAUUCGUCUUUACAUGUUCGUCAGAUGCUGAGAAAAAAAGAGCAGUAUUAAAAUGCCUUAAUGACAAAA